AUGGCUGCGGGCGCGAGCUGGGCGCAUAGCACGACGGCGAUCCACGGUGCUGAGUCUGACGUGAAGUGCGAAUCGAUGGAUUACAACCAGCUGGAAUACAAGGAAGGCGUUGAAAUACCCAAGACAUUUUGCGAGAAGAACUGGGCUAUUCGUGGAUCAGUGUACGCGGCUGUGGUGGAUAUCACAGCCGUAUAUAUCUGCGCUGGGGAGGAUUCCAAUGAUGUUUGCGAGCUGACGGAGUGGAAUACAGCUGAGCAGCUGGUUGACCAGCGCUGCGGGACUGGGCGCAUGGGCGCUCCGCAGGUGAACAACAAAAUCUAUGGGAGGGGAAGUCCUGGCAACUAUAAAUGCUAA